AUGUCGCCACCUGCCGAUAUCGCCCCCUUGUGGUUCCAAUGUGACUAUCCAGACUGCAACGCAAAAUAUCGGCGUAAAGAGCACCUGAAUCGACACCGUAAUCAUCAUAAUGGGGAAACCAUUCUUGCCUGUCCUUAUUUGAUCUAUUGCGACGCCAUAUCCGGACUUAUCACCCGCACAGACAUGCGCCGCCGUCUCGAAAAUUCAGGGCAUGCAGUGCAUGUCAUGCACGGAAAGUCCGCUGCGAAGGUGUACUGCCAUGCAAUACCUGCCAACAUCGAGGCAUCAUCUGUGUACCUGCUGGAGGUCAAACCGCAGGUGAACAACAAUUCUGCAUUGAUGAUCUCCGCCCUUGCCACCUGUUUCCACGAUUAA